AUGGCCGCCGCCGCCGCGCGCCUCCUGCCGCUGCUGCUGCUGGCCUGCCUGUGGCGCGGGGCCGCGCCGGGGACCCCGGAGCUGCGCCGCCCGCCCGCCCGGAUAGGUGUGAUUGGAGCUGGCAUUGGAGGGACAUCCGUGGCCUAUUUUCUGCGACAGAAGUUUGGUAAAGACGUCCGCAUUGACGUAUUUGAAAGAGGAGAGGUCGGGGGCCGUUUGGCUUCUAUCAACCUGGAAGGAAAAUACUAUGAAGCCGGAGGAUCGGUCAUCCACCCCCUUAAUCUACACAUGAAGCAUUUUGUCAAAGAGCUAGGACUUUCUGCUCCUCUGUGUCAAGGUGGACUCAUGGGUGUUUACAAUGGAGAUGAGUUUGUCUUUGAGGAGAGCAGCUGGUACAUUUGGAAUUUUCUCAAGCUCAUCUGGCAUUAUGGACUGAACGCCCUGCGAAUGUACAUGUGGGUAGAAGAAAUCUUGGACAAGUUCAUGAGGAUCUAUCGUUAUCAGUCUCAUGACUACGCCUUCAGCAGCAAUGAGGGUUUGCUUCAUGCCCUCGGAGGAGCCGACUUCAUUCAGUUGCUGAAUCAGACCAUUGACGAGUCCAUGCAGAAGGCUAGUUUCUCCCAGAAGUUCAUCAAUGAGAUGGUGACUCCAGUCAUGAGAGUUAACUACGGACAAGGCACUAGCAUCAACGGCUUUGUGGGUGUAGUAUCUUUGGCAGGUGCUGACUCAGGACUUUGGUCAGUGGAAGGUGGCAACAAACUGGUAUGCACUGGCCUUCUUUCUGCUUCUAAGGCACAACUGAUUCCUGGCACUGUUAUCUCUCUAGAAGAAAAAACACGGCAAAAUGGACGCUCAGGAGGUACCAUGAAGCAGUAUGAAGUCCUCUACAAUUCUACGGCAGGGCGAACGUCAGAUCUGUAUGACAUCAUAUUGAUUGCUACCCCCUUGCACCGUAAAAUAGCUAACAUAACUUUCCGCAACUUUAAGCCACCCAUACCAGAUUUCUCUAGCCCUUACCAACAAACUGUGGCAACGUUUGUUCAUGGACACAUUAAUGCUUCUUUCUUUGGCUACCAGGAUCCUUCUCAGUUCUUGUUAAGUGCCAUUUUCACAACGGAAAACCCAAAGUUGUUUAUCAGUAGCAUAGGUAUUGUCUCUCCAGUUCAGGACAAAUUGCUGGGCCCUCCUGUUUGGAAAGUGUUCUCACCCCAGCCUUUGACCAAGGAGCAAAUGAACAUGCUUUUCUCAUCCUAUGAUUCCAUGGCGGUAAAGAAAUGGCUUGCCUACCCACAUUACAGCCCCCCAGAGAAGGUCCCGCCUGUCAUUCUACACGAUCAAAUGUACUUUGUCAACAGCAUAGAAUGGGUUGCCAGUGCUAUGGAAAUGAGUGCCAUCUCAGCCAAAAAUGCUGCUCUUCUGGCUUAUCAUCGCUGGUACAAUAAGGAGGACAUGAUUGAUCAAGAAGAUUUGCAUGAGAGGCUCAAAACAGAGCUCUGAGUUAGGAUACACUCUGCUGGAAGGAAACGUCUAGAGCCGUGUGUGACUUGUAAUGGCAUUGCUGGUUGAGCCUAAUUUGUUGCUGUAGUUUUAAAGAAAAACCAUUUAAAGAGAAUACUUGGCAAUGAACAGUACAGAUUUCCUGUAUCUGAGUGCAAGAAAAAUAAGUUGAUUACAAGCUGCCUUGAGUAAUGUACAUACAGCUCUCACUAAUUCUGAUGAGUAACAGGUAACGAUCAUAAUUCAACUUCUCCAAUAGCCUCUAAGUUGAAAAUUCUUGGGCAGUGGUCCCAUAAAAGCUCCCACCUUGCCCUUGAGAGAAAGUAGCAUUUUUUUCAAACUACUGCAGAUCCAUGUGGUGUGGCUCCUACUGAAAGCUUUUAGUAUAAAGAACACUUACAGGAAAAGCAUGGCAUAGAGGAAGUUUAUGGAAUUUACUUCAUGAAUAUAAUAUGCAAAAGAUGCAUAUUCAUGACGAGUGAAAAAUCAGGAAUUCACAGGAAAGGACCUGCAAAAGGAGGUUUAGUGAGAUUAAUUGAAAUUGUCAUAAUUAUGCUUUUGUUUCUUUUUAAGCUUAAAGUAGCCAGGAAAAUUGCAUUAGCAGGUGGUCUUCACUACUCUUUAAAAAGUAUACUAAAUCACACAGAAUGAGUGUCAAUUGUUUUGCUGUGUAAAUAUGCAUCUCCCUUACCAACAUUUUCGGUCGAUAUCAGACAGUGGAAGUUAAUAAGGUUUAUUUUGCUUAGAUACAGCUCUGCCAUUAAAAUACAAAAAUUCAGUUCCACUGUUUGACAACUGAGGGGGUUGUAUUUUGUACAGUUUACUCUUAUUUGUAAGUUAGUGUUCACCACAGGUACCUAACCUGUUGGCAGUCAUGUUCUAGAAGGGGCAACUAUGACUGCUGCAAGCGAAAUUAAGUGAAGAGUACUUUUAAGGCUUAAACAACUUUAAGUCUACUAAAAGCAGUAUGAUCAGAUAAUCUUAAACGCAUUUACUGUAGUUUAUUUGAACUUCAAGCACAAUACUGCUAGUUGUAUUUUGGGCAAAAUGAGGAGUAGCAACAUGCCUGGUAAGAGAACACACUGCAGUUAUGCAUACUGACCUUUUACUAUUGCAAGUGGAAAGAGAAAGCAUGAAUGAAUUCUGAUGGUAUUUUUAGUCUGGCGAUGAAAGAGAAGGCUCAAGGAUUUAGAGUGGGGUCACCAGGCUUAUUCUGGUGACAACCCGGUGUCCUCCAGAUGCUUCUGACUAUAAUUCCCAUUACUCCCUAACCACCAAUCAUGCUGCCUAGAGCUUGUGGGAAAUGUAGUCCUAAACAACUGGAAGUUAACAGAUUGCCUAUUCUUCAUUCAACUGUACAUGCUCUCAAAGGGUAAACAGAAAAAAUUCUUUAUCCAUUUUGCUAGCUUUUCUGCUAUAUGCUUGUAGAAUUCAUUUGCUGUCCUGUUUAUCAGAUGAAAGCAUUUCAUGGAAGAAACGUUAGAUGUGAACAUUCCCAUGGCUACCCUUCUGUUGGUGCAUUGGCAAUUCAACUGUGCACAUUUCAUACCAACCUCAAUUAACUUGCAAAACCAGUAAAACAUGCCAGUACAAUUUUAACAAUUUAUUUAAAAAACACACAAGGCAUGUAGAAUCCACAAUACAAAUAGAAUCCACAAUACAAAAAGACAUCUUCACUGCAGCAAGACCCACUGGUUCAUUUAGACUCGUUCCAAGGCUUCUAGCAUAAUAAUGCUGUUUCCUCGUAUUACCUAAAAAUCAAAAUGCUGAAGUUAAGUGGUGGUCAGUUAUCACUAACUGAUUAAGGAGGAAUUUAAAGGGGAGACUGUCUCAUAAAUACACCCGUUUCCAAAAUCAGACUAUGUUGGAUAAUACUCCCUGAGGCAGCAUUUCCUAUGUUGGACCACCCCCACUAAAAAGGCUCUCUAAAAUUCCAAUGGGUGGGUAGGUAGGAGGCUGGCUUUUUCACACACACCUCAUUGCACUUAUUUCAGCCUUCUCCACCAACGAUUCGAAGAGUUCAAAAAUUUGACAAGAUCCACAAGUACCUUUGGUUUCAAGGUUAACUGCAAUUCUCUUAUUCUGGCCCAUUCAUUUCUCAAUGUUUUAGCACAGAAAAAUGCUUGAAGUGACCCCAGUUUAAAAAAGGGAUGCGGACAAAAAUGUUACAAAAUUGUCUUGAUAUCUGAUAAAAUUAUCUUGAUAUUUGACAUAAA